AUGGACACGCUCGGCCACAGAACCACAUGGAAUUGUUCAACCAUCGGCAUGUUAUUCUACACAACCACGUGGAAAGGUUUGAUAAAUCAUUUCUCUUAUAUACAAUCGUGGCCAGACAUAAGCAAGUUUCAGACAAAGCCAUUUCCUCUAUAUGACAAGCUAAGUGAUCUUUAUGACGAACACAUAGCAGAAGGUAAUUUCAAUUUUACAUCAAUUGAGGCUACAGAAGUGAGUGACGAUGAUCCUGAAGUUGAAAGAGAUGAGAUUGCCUUCUCUUUUGAUCUGAAUCAAUGCGAAGAUGAUUUACACAUGUGUGAUGAUCCAAGAGAUGCGACUCAAAUUGAUGGUCCAAGAGGAGCUACUCAAAGUGAUGGUCCAAAAGAUGAUACUCAAAGUGAUGUUACUCGAGCAGGUGCUCCUGGUGGUUCCAAUAAAAAGCCAGUGGAAGAGCCCAAGAAGAAGAAGUGGGAUGAUCCCAUGGUGGAAGUGAUGGCGAAGUAUGUGGAUAUCAAACGGAAGCAAGCAAUGGAGGAGUCUGCUCUGUUCUUAGAGUCAAAAAAUGCCCAACAGUUCACCAUGAGCAAUCGUGAGAUUUUCCUCAAUGCCGCCGCCAAAGAUGAAGUGAGUGCCGCCGUGUUCCUUCGGAGCGAAAUGGCAGACUUGCCUCGAGAAAGAGCCAUCUAA